CUUCCCUACGCUCCCCUCCCCCAUCCUUCCCACCGCUCUCCCGGAGGUCCAGGUCCGGGAGAUGACAGGCGCUCCCGGGAAGCCGAGGAUUGAGUAGCCGAGCGAGUCCUUAGGCCCGAAGGCCUCCCCAGGCGCCUCUACUCACCGUGUCAGAGGCCGAGGCCCAAGGAGAUGAGAGUGCAGGCGAGUGGGGAAGAGGGGACGGCCGCCACCAGGCUCCUCCGCUUCCCUUGGUCCACAGCGGAUCCCUCCCGCUUGUCAAGAGGCGGCCGGCGGGGAGGGACAAUGCUGAAAGGAAUGACAAGGCUCAUCUCCAGGGUCCACAAGCUGGACCCUGGACAUCUUUUGCACACGGGAACCCAGGCACCCCAAAGCCUUGCUGCUCACCUGGACAACCAGGUUUCAAUUGAGAGGCCCAGAGCUAUUUCCCGCACCAGUGAGAAUGACCCGGCCAAGCACGAGCAGCAGCACGAGGGCCAGCACUACAGCAUCCCCCUCCCGGACGUGAAGGCCUUGUUCCCCCAGGGCCUGCCACCUCGCUACCUAAAGCAGGUGAAGACAUUCAAUGAAGCUUGCCUGAUGGUAAGGAAACCAGCCCUAGAGCUUCUGCAUCACCUGAAAAACACCAAUUUUGCUCACCCGGCCGUGCGAUAUGUUCUCUAUGGGGAGAAGGGAACAGGAAAAACCCUCAGUCUUUGCCAUGUUAUUCACUUCUGUGCCAAACAGGACUGGCUGAUACUGCAUAUUCCAGAUGCUCAUCUUUGGGUGAAAAACUGCCGGGAUCUCCUGCAGUCCACCUACAACAAACAGCGCUUUGAUCAACCUUUAGAGGCUUCGAUCUGGCUGAAGAAUUUCAAAACUGCAAAUGAGCGUUUCCUGAGUCAGAUAAAGAUUCAAGAGAAGUACGUCUGGAAUAAGCGAGACAUCACCGAGAAAGGCAGCCCUCUGGGAGAGGUGGUUGAGCAGGGCGUGACGCGCGUGAGGAACGCCACAGAUGCCGUGGGGAUUGUGCUCAAAGAGCUAAAGAGGCAAAGUUCUCUGGGUACUUUUCGCCUCCUGGUGGCAGUGGAUGGAGUCAAUGCUCUCUGGGGAAGGACCACACUGAGGAGAGAAGAUAAAAGCCUGAUUGCCCCAGAGGAGCUGGCACUUACUUACAACCUGAGGAAAGUGGUGCGAAAUGACUGGAGCGGAGGCGCCAUUGUGCUGACUUUGAGCCAGACUGGCUCUCUCUUUAAGCCCCGGAAAGCCUACCUGCCUCAGGAGCUGCUGGGAAAGGAAGGAUUUGAUGCCCUGGACCCCUUUAUUCCCAUCCUGGUUUCCAACUAUAACCCAAAAGAAUUUGAAAGCUGUAUUCAGUAUUAUUUGGAGAGCAGCUGGCUUCAGCAUGAGAAAGCCCACACAGAGGAGGGGAAGCAGGAGCUGCUGUUUCUGAGCAAUGCAAACCCGGGGCAGCUGGAGCGGCUCUGUGCCUACCUGUGAGCCGUGGUCACCCGCAGGAAGACAGUGACCCUCCUUGAGUAGACCCAGUCGGAUGGGGCGGUCGCACAGCAGAGCUCGUGGGACUGGACAGGAUGGUGGUCGGCGCGCACCCGUCGCUGAAAUGGGUUCCUGGUGACUGUGAAGCGAUUGUAACGGCAGUAGGACGUCCUCUUGUUCCUGGAACUCAUAAACAUCAGUUUAUGACAUGUGGUUUUCGUUUUAAUUAAUCGUGGUUGAUUUCCUUAAAAAUUAAAUUAUCUUUCUUAAA